AUGGAGUUUUUCAACGAUAUUGGAACGGAUCCUUCGAGACCUUCUCUCUUCGAACUCGUUGCCCAGGAACAGCUCAGGGAUCUUCUCCAACCCGCCUUGAAAUACGUACUGUCCGUUUUCGCACAAAGAUAUCCACGUUACCUAUUGCGCAUUGUUAAUCGACAUGAAGAGUUCUAUGCGUUGCUCAUGUUUUUUGUCGAGAAGCAUUACCUGCGAACUCACGCUGCCUCUUUUGCCGAAAAUUUCUACGGGCUGAAACGUAGGCGAAGACCACUCUAUGAUACUCCGCGAGCGAAGGUAGCUGUUGGUUCCACGACUGGAGAGGGUAAACUGAGAGAAAAGGACAUUCGUCGCUCUCUUUUCUUCCUGGUUGCUGUCCCAUAUCUCCGGGCCAAGUCUCAAGAUUAUUAUGAGGCUGUAGGAGGCGGUGUAGACUCGUCACUAUUCGAAGAUGGAACUGACCACCGUUCCCAUCCUCGAAAUCGUGAAAACAACAUUCAUGCUCGCUUUCAAGAAGCAUACAAGAAAGCAUAUCCAUGGCUGAAUGUUGCGUUUGAAACAUGGCUAAUGUGUUACAACGUCGCCUAUUUAUUCGACCGUUCUGCAUUUUAUCGUCCCUGGCUGUCGUGGAUAGGCACCGAUCUGCGAAGGAUCGGCCCAGAUGAUAUGCAGCCUAUUCGUAAAGUCAUUCAAAAUCAGUCACCUUCACUUCCCCGACCAAAGACAUUCUUAUCGCUCUUGCGCCGUCUGAUUUGGCGGUCUCCCAGACUAGUUCUCGAAUCGCUCAAAGUGCUUUUACCGACCGCGAUUUUCUUCAUUAAAUUCCUUGAAUGGUGGUAUUCACCAUCAUCUCCAGCGCGAACUGUCGCAGCCACGCCUUCGGGUCCGCAGAUCCCACCUCCAAAGCUUCUCAAACCACACCCUCAGGGACUUAUUGUUGACAACACUAAAUAUGGCGAGUGCCCCCUUUGCUCGGGGCCGAUUGCAAACGCGACGGCUCUCCCAUCAGGGUACGUGUUUUGCUACCGAUGCGUACAUCAAUACGUAGAAGAACACGAACGUUGUCCAGUUACGCUUAUGCCUGCUGCUAUUUGGCAACUGAGGAAGAUCUUAGCCGUCGAUCCUCCGCUUGGCCUCAGUGACCUCACGCGACCAGGGUGUUUUAGAAUUGAGUGCGUCAACAAGAUGCACUUCGGGAAACAAAUCCUUGCACAACAGAUCCCGGGAUGGUCUCUCUACUAUCUAGACUACAAGGGCCUCAAAAAGAUCGUGUCUUCCCUGACAGCUGGUCGAAAUAGCGUGGAAGCUGCCACUCUCGCCGUUGGUGAUACGCCUGCGCCAGGGACGCAGGCCUUGGAACUGCAAGAUGGACAGACGUUGGCAUUGCUGUCAGCCUCGGGAAGAGAUGAAGAUAGGGGCCCUCAUUUCCAAGCUCACAAAGUAGCGUUCUUCUUUAAGCUGGAGCGAGAACUUGAGAAGAUAAACUCGUUCUACCUUCAGAAGGAGGCAGAAUUGAAACUUAGAUUGGAGACACUGCUAUCGAAGAGGAUGGCUGCUGCUUCAAGACUGCCACCUGCCACUGGAGACUCAACUCCUAAGGAUCAUGUUGAAUGGAAAGCUGUAGAGGAAGGUUUCCGUGUCCUCGAACGUGAUCUUGCAAAAUUACAGCAAUUUGUGGAAAUUAAUGCUAUCGGUUUUCGGAAGAUUUUGAAAAAAUGGGACAAACGGUCCAAGUCCACGACAAAGGAGCUGUACCUUUCUCGACAGGUCGACGUGCAACCUGUGUUCAAUCGGAAGCUUAUCGGCGAGCUGGCGGACGUGGUGGCGCAAGUUCUUCUUGAUCUCACCGACUUGACAAUUGGAUUAAGCAAUGACGGUUCCAUUGUGAAUGACAUGAUGUUGACGCAUCAGAUUGCUCUGGAACGCAGCUUGCACAUGGGUCCAUACCGCGACUUGGAGACAAACCUCCAGAACGCAGUUAAGGCGGGUGAUGAACGUGCUAUACGAGAACUUGUGCAGGAGUCAGACACUCUACUCGCCCAACCAGGAAGCAAAGCACAUGUUACACGCGUUCUCUGGAAGGUCAUUAUUGAUGCACCCCCUUCUCUUGCAGACUUGAUCCUUUCUUGUCCAUCUGUGCCUUUCGAUCUUCAUUUCGUAGACGACAUCAACGGGCGGACUUGUUUACACGAGGCCGCUAUUGCGGGACAGGACCGCCUGGUUAAUAUGUGUAUUACUGGGGGAAUCGAGGUGGGACGCGCAGAUGUUUAUGGAAGAACUCCGCUUCAUUACGCUGCAAUGAAUGGUUAUGGAGCUGUUUGCUCGAGGCUCAUUUCUACAGGCCUUGAACCAUCAUCUCUAGACCUUGAUAACUAUUCGCCGUUAAUGUAUGCAGUACUUCGAGGUAACAUAGAAUGCGUGGCCAUUCUCCUUAAUGGGGGACGCGCAGAUCUUGGCCCACCAACGGCUGCAAAUGACUUGAUCCCCCUAUCAUUGGCUUGUCGUGUCGGACAGGUCGAUGUGGUACAGCUAUUGCUGCAACACAAUGCCAAGAACAUCCCGAAUACCAAUGGCGAAUUCCCUAUUCACAUCGCCGCUCAAGAGGGGCACGCUGAAAUUUGUCGGAUUCUCCGAGAAUAUGAAGGGUGGGACGUUCCGGACAAAUACAAUGAAUGGACCCCUCUCUUUCAUGCUGCACGAAAUGGACAUGCCCGCUGUGUCCACGUAUUGCUUGAAUUAGGAAGCAGAGCGCAUAUAGCCGACGAAACCGGACGGCAAGCAGUGUUCUACUCCGCUUGGUAUGGCCACCCUCAGUGUGUUAAGCUACUCUUGGGAGCGGCACCUGGAUCGGGCGGGAUUGGGUAUCGAACGAAUGUCUUCUCAAACAUCUCAUCUAUGGCAGAGGACGAGAAUUUGACGGAUGCAGAUUUGGAUGCAAUACCCUCAUUAUCCCUUCCUCCACCAAUUAUGCCCUAUCGCGUCUAUGGCCACAGUUUUAUUGAUAAAACGUGCUUGAUCCAUAUAUCCAUCGGACACUCAUUUUCUCGCUGGUCGAGAAGGGACUCGCCCGUUCAUUUGUUGCCACGAUUCAUGCACGUUUCAACAACCCAAUAUCCGCAUCCCUCGCCUCUCUUCAAGCUUGUAAUGACGUGCAGACCUGACAUCGCCGCGGCCCCUUACAGCAUACCAAUUCCUCUCCGAGAUGAACGCGAUUUCUUCACUUUUCAGACCGCGGACUUGGGUAGUGUGUACCUCGAGUUCUCCAUCUGUCCUAACUUCGGCACGAAGACUAUAGGCCGGGCGAUAGCACUAUCUUCUAUGCUGCUAAGCAACACAAAUGCCGCCUUUGUUUUACCGAUUUUAGACCAUCGGCUUCAUAUGAUAGGAGAAAUUCGUUUCGAAGCUCGAAUUAUCACUCCGCUGAAGGGCGUUACUUUGGAAGUUGGCGGAGCAAUCGAAACUUAUUGGAAAUCACUAGCAACACCGUUCUCAGUCUCGCCGGAAAAGCCAUCUUCAAAAAUGGCACAGCCGUUCAGGACGCUUGGGAUGACUCAAACCUCUCCCUCAAACCUUUCUAUCUCUGGAACCGGCGGCCAUACUAUAACGACAUCUUCUCUAGUUGGAGACUACGUUUAUCUCACUAUACAAGUGACGCGUGACUUACAUCCCGUGGUUUACAAUAAAUGGAGGCUCCCAGUGCCCGACUUCGAUCUAGGAGUCUCAGACGUCACGCUGGCCCAAUUGCAGUCCAUAUGCUCGCGGGUAGGAAGCCGGGUAGACUUCUCGAGUUAUAAAUCGAUUUCAGCAUCGGAAUGGCAAGAAACUUUAUCCAGUGCUCUAAUUCCGUUGCGAGACUUAAUGAAGGUUCUUCCUACCUCCCUCGGCAUGCACCUCGAUCUAGCCUUUUCUUCCUGUACCUCGCGGAAGCGGAAUACAUUCGCUCAUGGCCAUACACUCGGCCUGAACGAUUUUGUAGAUUCGGUACUCAAGGCCGUGUAUCACGGCUUGCCAUUCCAGCCUCACCGGCGUAUCGUAUUUGGCUCCUUCAACCCGGACGUCUGUGCCGCUCUCAACUGGAAGCAGCCCAAUUACCCUGUAUUCCUAGCAUCAGAGUGUGGUGUACGGGGUGCCUGUACCCCAAAUGAGACCGCUCUUGGGCCCGAAGAUGUAGACGAUCGCAGAUUAUCGAGCAUCAGUGCUGCAGUCGACUGGGCGAAGGCGAACAAUCUUCUCGGCAUAUUCCUAGAUGCGGAUCUUCUGAUAAAGGUCCCUUCGCUUGUUCAAGGCGUUAAGGACACUGGACUUUUACUUGGAGUUUACGGGAAGCACGAUCAGUGUACUUUACUCAAUGAUCCGUCUGACGGCGAUACAACCAUUUCUGUCGAUGCUUUCAUCCACGAAGGUGUUGUAACCUUUUUGGACCACUCUUCUCGAGGGAUCUGAGAAAAGUGAAAAGUAACUAUGUUGAUAUAAAAACAGCGAGUCUGUAUGUAAGGAGGAAUCUGCUAGCAUUUAAGGACGGACUGAAAUCUAUUGUAAACGAAUCAGGCUAUUGCUUUGAGAGAGUUAUUUGCGAGAAUAGUGAAACAGGAGGUAGAAGACAAACGGAUGCACAGUACUGAAACAAGUUGGAAUAUUAACCACAACAGGAUAGGACUCUCUUUAUAAAUAUCGCCAGCCGCUGAUCAACAGACGGUAGCACGGUACAGAGAUGCGUAGUGGGAAUCUGGUCGGGACAUGAGCUCUUCAUGAGUCCCAAACUCGCUAAUAGUCCCGUUCUCAAACAUUGCAAUCUUGUCAGCACGCUUGGCAAUUGACAGCUGAUGCGUGAUGAUUAUAACUGUCUUAGUCCUUUUGCCUGUCAAGGGGUCGCGGCAAAGUGUAUCGACAGCCUCGAGCACGUUGUUUUGGGCAUGCGCAUCAAGAUGAGAUGUCGGCUCGUCAAGAAGCAGGAGAUCAGCAGAGCGUGCACGCAUGAAAGCUCGAGAGAUAGCAACGCGUUGCCACUCCCCUCCUGACAGACCUUGUCGUCCAUUUUCGAUGUUACCACCUGUGAAUGGGUUUUCGCCGAAUGCACCAAGACCCAAACCAGUGCAAUCCAGAUUCGUGUCUAAGCCUCGCGGCAACGUAUUUAGCAGCCGUCCAGCACCAGCACGUGUGGCAGCCUCGCGGAUUGGGUGGUCCCUAAACUGGCUCCCCAGCUCACCAAUGCCAACAUUCUCGCGUACCGUUGCAUUAAGCUUUGAAAACACCUGGAAGAGGGCUGUUACAUGCCGAUGAUAAUCCGCUGGAGCAAUGCGGCGAAUGUCGACAUUAUUUAUAAAUAAUGAAGUUUGUUUAUCGGGUGACGUUGAAGCGUCGAAGUCGAAAAUACGGAGAAGUACAUUCGAAAGUGUCGUUUUGCCAGAUCCAUUGUAACCGACUAUUGCAAGUGUUUCACCAGCCUCAACUGUGAAACUUAUGUCCUUCAAAGUUGGCUUCUUGCUUCCCGGAUAAGUAAACGAAAGAUGCCUAUAUUAAAGAGAUCAGCAUACUGCGGUCACGAAGUUAUUCUCGCGUCCUUAGAGCAACUUAGGGCCGAUAGUACGUCCCAAACGCCGUCCGAAGCCGAUCAAGUGGUUGCCGAAGGGAACGAAGCAGAGAGGAAGUAGCGAUCAUCAGAAGCAUUCCUUACCUGGCUUCUAUCUUCAUUCCUUUACCUGUGCUUUCGUACUUCACCCCUCUACCAGGUUCGGGAUUAAGCUUAGGCUCAAUAUUCAUCGCCGCGAAGAAUGCGCCCAUGUAGAAAAUAGACUGGAAGGCCCGUUCGCACAAGGACACCAGAGACCGUACAUUGAACAAAAGGGAGUGUAAGGAAUUGCGAUAGAGUGCGAGUGAUCCAAGAGAGUUUGUUGAAGAAUAAAUGAAGAAAGGAAGAUUUUGUAGUAGAACAAGCAUCUCCGAUACGUUUGUUUGGGUCAGAAGCCACCUAAGGCCCGACCCGAGACCUACUACAGGAUACAAUCCAUCCUGUUGAGUUUCCAGCCGAAGGAUUCGCUUUCGAGCAGAAGACCAAGAAUCAAGAAUCCAAGGAGCCAAACCAAAUAGGGCGAUUUCAGCACGGAAAGGUUCCCCAUAUGCCAUUGAACGCAUGCGCUCCGCACGUUCUGACUCACGUGCUUCUCCUGGAGUGUAUAGCGCGUCUGCAGCAGAACACUCAUUGGAUAAGAAUGGAAGCCGGGGGAGAAAUGAGGCUAGUAGCGAGAGAAGCGAAGGUAGAAGGAUAGCGCCAAGGAGGGGUAAGUGAGAAACAGAAUGCUUCUCUGAGGGGUCGGAGGAGAAGGAUGGGAAAAGCGCAAGGGACGAGACUCUUGAGGCAGAAUACAGAAUGACGAAUUGGCUCACGAGCUCUGCAACUGAGGACAGAGCUCGCACGAGAUCAAGAGGGGAGAAGAGGCCGAAGCCAUAGCCAAGACCCGUGAAUGACCGUACAAAAAGGUCGGACUCGUGCAAAAGGUCACGCACAGUCGGAUCGGCGAGGGUUGGUAAAUCCAGACGGAGACGCUGUUCCAGCUGACGCUGCUCCAUAUGAAACCGCAUGGAACUAUGUACUAUGUUCUCAUUAUGGUUAGCAAUGGCGUCAAAGAGAGAUUCGGCCAGCAUACGAAGGCACUCUCUGAGCACGAGACGUAUGAGGCGCCCGAAUCGAGCGGACGCGUAAUCCCCCGAGGUGAAGAUUAUUUGGAGCUCGUCCAAUAUUAGAGCUUGGGAGUAACCCCGGAAAGCCGGAAGGAGACCUCUUAUAAUUGUAAGCAAUACGAGAGAGGCUGUCCGGAUGGGAUUCAGACCCCAUAGCAGGAAAAGUACAUCCAAGAAAGUGGACUGCAAGAUCGUCCAAGCUAAAGAGAUGUUCGCAAAGGUGCAUUUCCUAUGAGAACCAGGCUGGGCAUACAGGCUUGUACUCUUUGCGUCUUCAGCAGCGUCAACGGCUGGUCUGGACGCGUUCCAGGCUUCAAAAAGAGACAUGGGAUGUGGUUUUGUGGUGGUGUCAGAGAGAACGACUUGUUCACUACGAAAGUGCUUUGACCGAGAGCCGGAGGGGCCACAAGGCCUUGGGGCGAGGCGGGCGAUGCGCGGGGAGAGCGAGGGACUU